AUGAGCGCCGGGGCUCAUCCCUGGUGGGGGCGUAUCAGCACUUGGGGUGCUAUCAAGGAUAUAUAUGCCGAUGAAGUUACUUCCACCAUCAGUCACUGUCUUGACUUACCUCAGCACUGCGGUGUGUUUUGUACAUACGGAUCGGUUGGACUCGCCCACUCCUUGAGGGUGCUUGCGCCAGCAAAUAUGCGGUUACGCUUGCUCUGGAUCGUCUUGCUGGCUGUCACUCGUACAGCUUUGGCUGAUGACGAGGGAUAUAAUUACCCUAGACCGACAAAUCAACUUAUACCAGGUACUUCAGGAGGAGGAACUGGCAAACCAGGAGGAUUUCCAACUGCUCCCGGAGGAUAUCCUUCUGGUGGUCCAGGUACACCUGGAGUUCCUGGGGAACAAGGAGUUCCUGGUGGACAACCUGGAAGACCAGGUGGUUAUCCAUCGGGACCACCGGGAUUUUCAGAACGCCCAGGCGGUACUCAACCAGGGAGACAACCUAGUUUUCCAUCAGGUCCAGGACCUUCGGAGGGAUAUCCUAGUGGACGACCAUCGAUUCCAUUUCCGAGCGGUGAACCAACAGGAAGACCAGGAACGGGUCCCGGUAUACCGAGUGGACCAAGUGGACCAGAGGGGUUUCCAACAGGACCAAGUGGUGGAUAUCCUAGUGGCAGACCUGGUGGGCAAGGACCAGGUGGAUUUCCAAGUGGGCAAAGACCUUCCGGAUAUCCGAGUGGUGGACCUGGCCAGGGAAAACCAGGUCCUGGAUACCCCACUGGUCGGCCGGGUGGACAAGGACCAAGUGGAGGAUACCCUAGCGGUCAGGCUCCUGGAGGUUAUCCCGGUCAAGCACAAAAGCCUAGUGGCCCGGAAAGUGGAUAUCCUAGUGGAGGGCCAGGAGCUGGCUAUCCUGGAGGUACUCAAAGACCACCUAGCGGUCCAGGCGUUCAGGGAGGGUAUCCAGGAGGAAAAAAUGGUCUUCAAAGUCCUGGUCCACAAGGUGGACCCGGCGGCUAUCCUAGUGGUAGACCAGGAGCGCAAAGGCCAGGAGGUUAUCCAGGUGGCCCAGGUCCGCAAGGACCAGGAGGAUUCCCAGGUGGACCAGGCCCGCAAGGACCAGGCCUACAAGGACCAGGAUUCCCAGGUGGACCAGGCCCGCAAGCACCAGGCCCGCAAGGACCAGGAGGAUUCCCAGGUAGACCAGGUGGACCAGGUCCGCAAGCACCAGGCCCGCAAGGACCAGGAUUCCCAGGUGGACCAGGCCCGCAAGCACCAGGAUUCCCGGAAACUGGUCAUCCAGUAGGUCCCGGCGGACCUGGCGAAUAUACACAUGAAGAUGAGGGAACAUACGACGAAGGUGAUUAUUCAGCUAUUCCGGGCGAACCUGGUCGCGAUUAUCCUAUAUACAGUGAAAUUCCGGAGACCAGUUUCCGUUGCGAUGCCCAACAAUUCCCUGGUUACUAUGCCGACGUGGAAGCUCAGUGCCAAGUUUUUCACAUAUGUGCCAACAAUAAGACCUACGAUUUCCUUUGUCCAAACGGAACAAUUUUUCAUCAACAAUUUUUCGUUUGUGUAUGGUGGAAUCAAUUCGACUGUAACUCCGCGCCAAGCCUUUACUAUUUAAAUGAAAAUAUUUAUGACUACACCAUAAUGGGAACACAAGGUCAAGGACCUGCAGGACCUUCUAGACCUAGUACUUAUCCAGGAGGUCCAGGUGUUCCUAGUGGCCCUGGUGGUCCAAGCUAUCCAGGAGGUCCAGGAACUCCUAGUGGUCCGAGUUAUCCAGGAGGUCCAGGCGCUCCUAGUGGUCCCAGUUAUCCAGGAGGUCCAGGCGCUCCUAGUGGUCCCAGUUAUCCAGGAGGUCCAGGCGCUCCUAGUGGCCCCAGUUAUCCAGGAGGUCCAGGCGCUCCUAGUGGUCCCAGUUAUCCAGGAGGUCCAAGCGCUCCUGGUGGUCCUAGUUAUCCAGGAGGUCCAGGCGCUCCUAGUGGCCCCAGUUAUCCAGGAGGUCCAGGCGCUCCUAGUGGCCCCAGUUAUCCAGGAGGUCCAGGCGCUCCUAGUGGCCCCAGUUAUCCAGGAGGUCCAGGCGCUCCUAGUGGUCCCAGUUAUCCAGGAGGUCCAAGCGCUCCUGGUGGUCCAAGUUUUCCAGGCGGUCCAGGCGCUCCUAGUGGCCCAAGUUAUCCAGGAGGUCCACAACGUCCUGGCGGUCCAGGUUAUCCAGCAGAACGACCUCAAGGUCCAUCGGGACCUCAAGGUCCAUCGGGACCUCAAGGUCCAUCAAGGCCUGGUGGUCCAGGUUAUCCAGGAGGACCGGGAGCUCCAUCCGGUCCGGGACCGCAAGGUCCAUCAGGACGACCAGGUCCUGGAUAUUUAGGUCCGCCAUCAGGACCAUCGGGUCCUCAAGGACCUCAAGGGCCAGGUGGACCAGGAUAUCCUGGAAGACCUCAAGGACCUUCCGGACCUACUGGACCAUCGACGAGGCCUCAAGGACCUAGUGGUCCGGGAUAUCCAGCACCAGGUGGACCAUCUCCAGGAUAUCCAGCACCAGGUGGACCAUCUCCAGGAUAUCCAGGACAACCUCAAGGACCCACUGGUACACAAGGUCCAAGCUUCCCAGGUGCACCAGGUCGUUCGCAAGGACCUAGUGGUCCAAAUGGAUAUCCCAGUGGUAGACCAAGUGGUCCAGCAUUCCCAAGUGGGCCUCCCGGGUCAGGAGGUAUCCCUGGAAAACCUGAGACGGGUUCGCCGUUCCCACCGCAAGGACCAGCGAAGCCUGAUCGUGAGUACUUGCCACCGCGGAUUGGAUAAACAUGAAGCUAAACUUACGGCACCUAAUGACAACUUUCAUCGUUAAUGCCGGAUGACGUGUAAAUACGAGCCUCUAUACUUGCGUAUCUGUAAUAACUAAGUGAUCGAUUAUUCGUAUUGCAUUUAUACUUUUACAUAUAAGGAAUUUGAUUAUCCUGCUUAACUGUUUACUCAUCCUUUCUGGGAUUUCC